AUGUGGGCCAGCUGGUUGCUCUGGCCUCUAAUGGCCGUCUGUGCUGCGGACUCCUUCCGGGACCAGGCUGAGAGAAUCAUGCGGGACAAGCCUGUCAUUGACGGGCACAACGACCUGCCCUGGCAGCUGCUGAGCCUGUUCAACAACCGGCUGCAGGACCCAAAAGCCAACCUGACCACUCUGGCCAACACACACACCAACAUCCCCAAGCUGAGGGCUGGCUUUGUGGGGGGCCAGUUCUGGUCUGCGUACACACCCUGCGACACCCAGAACAAAGACGCUGUGAGGAGGACACUAGAGCAGAUGGAUGUCAUCCACCGCAUGUGCCAGGCAUACCCUGAGACCUUCCUGUGUGUCACCAACAGCACAGGCAUCCGGCAGGCCUUCCAGGAAGGGAAGGUGGCCAGUCUGAUAGGUGUGGAGGGUGGCCACUCCAUCGACAGUAGCCUGGGCGUCCUGCGGGCAUUCUACCACCUGGGCAUGCGGUACCUGACCCUCACCCACAGCUGCAACACACCCUGGGCUGACAACUGGCUAGUGGACAAGGGCGAUGACAAGGCCCAGAGUCACGGCCUGUCGCCCUUUGGGAAGCGCGUGGUGAAGGAGAUGAACCGCCUGGGCGUCAUCAUUGACUUGGCCCACGUGUCUGUGGCCACGAUGAAGACUGCCCUGCAGCUGUCCAAGGCCCCAGUCAUUUUCAGCCACUCCUCAGCCUACAGCCUGUGUGCAAAUAGGCGCAACGUGCCCGACGAUGUGUUGCUGCUGGUGAAGCAAACAGAGAGCCUGGUGAUGGUGAACUUCUACAACGACUAUGUCUCCUGCCAGAAGGAGGCCAAGCUGCUCCAAGUGGCCGACCACCUGGACUACAUCAAGAAGGUGGCAGGAGCUGGGGCCGUAGGCUUUGGCGGGGACUUUGAUGGUGUUUCCAGGCUCCCCGAGGGGCUGGAGGAUGUCUCCAAGUACCCAGACCUGAUUGCCGAGCUGCUCAGGAGAAACUGGACAGAGGCGGAGGUCAGGGGUGCACUGGCUGAUAACCUGCUGCGGGUCUUUGAGGCAGUGGAGGAGGCCAGCAAUCACAUGCAGACCCCCGAGGAAGAGCCCAUCCCGCUGGACAAGCUGGGCAGCUCCUGCAGGACGCAGUAUGGCUACUCAGAGGCUUCCAGUUUCCACUGCCCGUGGAGGGCCCUGCUGGCCUCCCUCACUGCUCUGAUCUUCAGCCUGUGUCUUCUGUGACAUCCUGGAGACCAGGGCCCCUUUCAGGGCUCCUGGAGCUCAGGGCAGAUUGACCCAUCUGAGAGCCCAGGACUCUAGGAACCCUACUGCCCACACACAACGGCUGGCCUCCUGCCAGCUGGUACCUGGGUCCACCUGGGGGCAGAACACCUGGAGAUAGCUCAGGACAGACACACAGUGGACCCUCAAUAAAGGCAAUGAC